AUGGUAAAGGAGGAGAUUUUUAAUUUCUUAUCGUCCCCAGAGGAGGACAAUGGCGUGCCUCUGUUUUCAAUCGAGGAAAUGACGGUUAGUGAGACGGUCAUGGGCAACGACUACCUCCACCCCAAUGAUUUCCUCAACCCCAAUACCCCCGGUCACUCGGCCCAUUCCGACGUUGGCAGCCACUUGGGCACCCCCCUGGUGUACCUGGCCACGCUGGAUGCCCUGUCGCUCGUCAACUCCCCGUACUACGACGCCAUCUCCUACCAUCUGGCCAACCCUCCGGCAGGCUCGUAUAUCGAAGAGCAAAACAACCAUUUGAGUUUACAAUAUAACCGCAGUGGCCAACAAGCUCCCCCGACGUUUGAUAUCUCGACGUUUGACCAGGAAAUCCCCUUGGGUCAACUGGUACUGUCAACCAACUUGCCGGGACUCCUGUACGACACGCUGGGGCUGGGGUUUGACCCCAACGCCUUUUUGAGUCAACAGGCCACCCCACAAUCGUUCCACAGUGCCAACAGUCCGAGUAGUCCGAACUAUGGCCAAGGUGCCGGUGUGGGGGGCAGUCAACUUUCUCAGUACCAGGAACCUCACGUACCAACUGCUCCCACGAUUGAACAACUGCCGAUGUCGUUUAGCAAGUUAACGGAGAACAACCUUCUGGCAUACAACCAACAACAAACCCACACCGAUGACGGUCUUCUAUCUACGAGAUAUAACUCGCAGCUGUUUCCUGUUAUCAACAUCCAGCAAGCACCAGAACUCACGGCGGCUAAGACACCUUCGUUGUUCUCAAAUUCUCUGGCAAACUCGUCAGUUAACUCGCUCAAACCGAAGCUGGAACUGAAUUAUAAUCUCGUUCCCAAUUCACAUCUUGUGACGCUGCCUGGCUCCGUUAUCAGUGAUCUGGGCCAUCUUCAGCCUGACGAUUCUCAACGUCGAGGACGCAAGUUCUCGCAGAACUCGAGCCGCAGUCGUGGUCCUCUGCGACUGCCGGUUCGUGAUACCCUUCUGCCAGCUAGAAGUGACAUUCUGAGUCAUUCGGAAGUCAGCAAUAAUGGAUCUGUUAGUAUUAACGGUACCACUAACCGCGAAAAGAUCUUGGAGUUGGCCCUGCCCAAUGUCCUGCUGAAGCGAACUCAAAAGCACCCCAGUGUUUACGCUUGUCAUCUUUGCGAAAAGAGGUUCACCCGACCAUACAAUUUGAAGCUGCAUCUACGAACACAUACCGACGAGCGACCAUUCAUCUGUAACGUUUGUGGGAAAGCCUUUGCUCGACAACAUGAUCGUAAGCGACACGAGGAGUUACACACGGGUGAGAAGAAGUUCCAGUGUAAAGGUGUUCUCAAGGAUGGCACUCCCUACGGGUGUGGUCGGAAGUUUGCUCGAGCUGAUGCUUUGCGGCGACACUUCCAAACCGAAGCGGGUAAGGAGUGUAUUAGGAUGUUGAUUGAGGAGGAAGAGUUCGAAAAGGGCGUGAACGCAGCUGACUUACUUGACCCUCUGAAUUACGGUUUGCCCAGUGUUGCAAUUCUGCCACCCCCAGACAAUUAA